UGCCAUAGCAUGAAGGUUCUAUAUUUGACUGUUAGCAGAAGUUGGAGUGAACAACAGAGCAGACAGAAAAGAAAUCCUGAGAGGAACUGAUACGAAGAUGACAAGUUCAGGUUGUCCAGCCCAUGCUCUGUCACCUCAGAGCGGAGAGGAGGAGACUGUUGCUGACAUGGAUAGUCUGCUUGAUCUGAAGAACCGGAUCUGGGAGCUGCUCCGCACCACGCUGGACAAUUCAUCCUUCACAGUGAUGCAGGAAAGACUGCUGCUCAAGCAGAGAAGCUCUUACUAUUUUGUCAUCCAGAAGGAGGAUGUGAGACCAUGGGAAAAUCAACAGGAAUCCACCUCAAUGUCCAUCAACAUGUUGGGGUCUCACUUGGGCUCCAGCAGGCUCCAGCAUGUGAAGGACUGGAUGAAGUCACAGAUAGUGUUCCUUCUGGCCUAUUUAGAAAUGCUCUUCCAGGAAAUCAUCACCAGCCGUAAGAACCUGGAAGCCUUUGUUGCAAAGUGUGAACAGGUUGAGGUGGAUGCAGAUGAGAUAGCCGCUGCAGAGCAGCAGCUUCAGCAGAUCCAGCUGCAUCUUAGAGACUUUGAGGCAAGAAUGGCGAGUAACCUUGAGCCACUGACCCUAAACAGCUUGUUCCUCCUUCACACGAGGGGCUCCCUUACCCAUCAGAGUCAAAUGUCAGUGGUCACCCUAGGUCCGGUGAUGUUCCACAGGGAAAAGUCACUGCUGACUCCCACGUCUGUCUGCCUGUUUUGGUACAUCGCAGGUGAGCAAUCUGAGGAGCCACGACGCAUGUUCAGAAUCACGGUAAAAAGUGCUGCUCCUGGAGGAAAGCUGUGGAGGGAGGCUGUCUGUUGCAACUAUGAACAUUGUGUCCAGAACCUACAGCCAGACACCUACUACUCAUUCACUGUGAAGAGGAUCACCAACUUUACAUUAGUGCACGUACCCUGGACCGACACCCUUCACUUGAAGACUUUGAGCUCCACAGCAGAACAAAGACUUAAAGGGAUACCAAUCAAUGCAUGACCCUAAAGUUUUAAGACAAGCCACAGUGAUCGCCUGAGAAGGGUUUAGACUCUGACAGUUUGGAAGUCAGGAAAAGUGGGCAGUCAGCUUCAUAAAUACCUGUAAAAAAUAAAAAUAAAGAAACCCAGAACCAA